CUUGGAAGGGAGUAGUAUUUUAUUUAAUUCAAAUCUAAAAAAUAACAUUGCGAUCGUUAUUUUCGUUGUCUGCUCUCUGCUCGUGUUAUCGCUUCCUCCGCGACCUCUACUCUGCCAUUCAGACCUUGAGCGUCGGUAUGGCGAAGGCCAUAAUUGCGCCGUCGAUGCUGUCAUCGGACUUCGCCAAUUUGUCCACUGAAGCCCAAAAGAUGCUCCGCUGUGGCGCCGAUUGGCUCCAUAUGGACAUCAUGGACGGGUAGGUCGAAUUUAUGGUGUGGCAUACCUAUUCUUACACAUGUCUUAUGGGGAACAUGUAUCAAUUAAUAAAAGCAACUCAAGUGAUUACCUUCAUGCAAAAUGUGACCGCAAUUACUUUGUUGUGUUCUUUUGUUGCAGUCACUUUGUACCAAAUCUAACAAUUGGUGCUCCAGUUAUUGAGAGCUUGAGAAAGCACACAGAUGCAUAUUUAGAUUGCCAUCUCAUGGUGACAAAUCCUCUGGAUUAUGUUGAACCAUUAGGAAAAGCUGGUGCUUCAGGUUUUACAUUCCAUGUUGAGGCAUCAAAGGAUAAUUGGCAGGAAAUUGUCCAAAGGAUAAAAUCAAAUGGCAUGAAACCUGGUGUUUCAUUGAAGCCCGGUACUCCAAUUGAAGAAGUCUUUCCGCUGCUUGAAGGUGAAAACUCAGUUGAAUUAGUUCUUGUGAUGACUGUUGAACCUGGAUUCGGAGGACAGAAGUUUAUGCCUGAAAUGAUGCAUAAGGUACGUGAACUAAGAAAAAGGUACCCAACCGUCGACAUUGAGGUGGAUGGUGGUUUAGGAGCUUCAACAAUUGAAAUGGCUGCUUCAGCUGGAGCAAACUGCAUUGUUGCUGGAAGUUCUGUUUUUGGUGCUUCUGACCCAGCUCAUGUCAUAUCACUAUUGCGUCACCGCGUAGAGGCAGCCCAGAAUGGCAACACUGGGUUCUGAUUCACCCAAAACAACCUCUCUGUAUUGUGAUUAAAAUUGAAUUCCCAUAGAUAUUUAUCACAGAAUAAUAAAUAAGAGUACUCAGUUACUGGAUUACAUCCUUAAUGUGAUAUUGUCAAACCAGCACUAAAUAUUACUCCCUAAAUUUUCUUUCCUGUCCGAAUUUACCAUACACCGUAAUACCGAAAUCCU